UAAAGUCGAACUUUAACCAUUCUUGCCUUUGCAGUUUCUCACUGCAGGAUAAUCGAGGUGUUAUAUUCGCCUGUGCUACACAUUCCCUCGAGCUAUUUCAUCAAACCGCUGCAGGAAUGAGUGAAGAUCAGUUUGACGUAGUUGUCGUCGGCGCGGGCCUGUCAGGACUCAGUGCGGCUCGAAGGCUGCAAAAGAGAAACUCGCAACUCAGCGUGUUGGUUCUGGAGGCCAGAGACCGUGUCGGGGGAAGAACUGUAAGCGAAAAGCUGCCAGCCGCGAAUGGCGUUGACCAGUGGGACAUGGGGGGACAAUGGGUGUCCAGCUCACAGACCCAUGUCAUGGAGCUUAUUCGAGAGCUUGGCGUGGAGGUCUUUCCACAAUACACAGAGGGGAAGAAGGUGCAUCACAUGGGCGGCCCACAUGCCAAAAUCUCAACGUAUUCUUCUAGCAUCCCAUCAUACUCCCCGCUGGUCCUGCUGGAUUUCACCCAGAUUCUUUGGCGGAUUGACUCUCUCACUAAGACCAUAUCAGUUGAAGACCCGAUGAGUUCUCCUAAUGCCGAGCUCUAUGACAGCAUGACGCUUUACUCCUUCAUGGAAAAACAUAUCUGGACCACACAGAUAAAAGAGGAGAUAGCCUUGUGUAGCCGUAUCGUGUUCGGCCUGGAAGCCUCUCAGGUGUCUUUCCUCUACUUUCUGAUGUACUCCGCUGCAGCAGGGGGCACUCUACGCCUCCUGGAGACCACACCUGGAUCGGGUCAGGAGUUCAGAGUCAAGGGAGGCACUCAGCAGCUGUCGGAGAAGCUAGUGGAGCAGAUCGGAGCAGAGCGGGUUCGGCUGGGUGCCGGCGUAACCACCAUAUGUCAGGAUUCAGAGAACAUAAAAGUCACGACUUCUGCAGGCACAGUCACUUGUAAAGCCGUCAUUGUUGCUUGUCCUUCUAACUUGGCAGCCCAGAUCCACUACGAGCCUGCCCUGCCAGCUGAGCGCCAGCGCCUCAUCCAGUGCCUGCCCAUGGGCCACAUGACGAAAUUUAUCGUCACGUACCCCACUGCAUUUUGGAAGGAAAAGGGUUUCUCGGGGGAAAUUGUGGUUCGCCCCUCCGAGUGCUGCCCUUUAAGCGUCACAUUUGACGCCACCAGCCCGAAAGGCAAUCCUGCAUUGGUGGGGUUCAUCACUGGUGUACAGGCCCUUGACUGGAGCGAGAGAAAGAUGGAGGAGAGAAGAGAUGCUGUCAUCUCAAGCCUGGUAAAGUACCUCGGCCCAGAGGCGUCCACCUACAUUCACUAUGGGGAAAAGGACUGGGCAAAGGAGGAAUAUAGUGGAGGCUGUCCUGUGAAUGUAAUGACCCCCGGGAUGUUAACGUAUUACCACCCCAGUCUUCGAAAGCCCUUCGGCAGGAUUCAUUGGGCAGGCACAGAGACGGCCACCCAAUGGUGUGGAUACAUUAGCGGGGCAAUUCAGUCCGGUCAGCGGGCGGCUAUGGAGGUCCUAGCUCAGAUGUGUCCUUCUUCUCUGUCCCGGGAGGAACUGGACUCAGUGCAAGCUUCCCUGAACCACAGUAACUCAAGAAAGGAGUCAAAGUGCAAGUCGUCCAAGUCUUACUGCCUCCUCGGUGUGAUAAUGACAGCAGCUGCACUGGUGACCGCCUACCUGUUGGCUAAACCAGAACUAGGAUUGAAAUGGAUCUAAAGGGAUUUGUUUCUUGACAUGUAUUUAAUUAGUAGUUGGGAUACUGCAUAGGGACUGUUAAUUGUUAGUUUGGUCACACUUUAUAUAUGUGUUUAAUUUAAUUCAGAAACAUUCAUCUUGUAUGUGGUAACAUAACUGCACAAUAAAGCAUUUAAUCUA